AUGUUGGACGUGACAAAGCGUGUCAGAGACAGCUCGGGGGUGCAGGUUGCAGCUACACCCUGCAAGGGAAUCGUGAGAGAGGAGGCAAUGGUUCCAGUGAAGCCUCCUUCCCCAGAGAAGCCUGGUGUGCUUAGCCCUCGAAACCUCAUGCCGGAUUUGAUGACUGCUGAGAAUGCAGAGACUUUGGUGGACCAUGUGGAGGCCCAAGGGCUUGUGGAGCAGACCACAGCAGAACCGGGUGUGGCCGAGCAGGGAAAAGGACCCAAGCAGACCGCAGCAGAACCGGAGCAGGGAAAAGGACCCGUGGAGCAGACCACAGCAGAACCAGCAGCUGGUGUGGAGCAGGGAGAAGGACCCAAGCAAACCGCAGCAGAACCAGCAGCUGGUGUGGAGCCCUUCAGAAGCCUUGACAGCAUGACGACAUUGAGCUGGGGACGCAGCCUCUCUAACAUCCGGGACGUGAUUGGAGAGACCCCGAUGAAGCAGCAGGCCACGUUCGAGGAGUCGGUCAUGGAGCUCGGCAACCAGCUGGUUCGUGCCUUUGCAGAUGGGGCUUCAAAGGAUGAUCCCAAUGAGCGCAAAGCCCUUUGUGACAUCGUGAUGGACUGGGUCUUGGAGGCUGAGAAUGUUGAGUUCACUCACAUGCAAGGGACUGCUGAGAUGUGUCUGCCGGCAUCUGACUGCCUGGAAGCCUAUGCAGCCAUCAAGGAUGUGGCUCUCAAGGUGGCAACACUGAAGGAGCAGCUGGCUGCAAAAAUGGCUCAUGCAGAGCAGGCGGUGGCGAAGGCCUUGGCUUCCGUCGUCCAGCAUGCUGGACAGGCUAAGAGCAUGUCCAGCAGCUCGGCCGUGACCCAGAGAAUGGCGUCGUGGAAAAAGUCGCUGCAAGAGGAGGGCAUGAAGGACAUCCAGCUGGCCAGUGACCAACAGCAGAUUUGUGUGCAGCGCCUGGAAAAGGCUGUCCAGCAGGUUUUGGAGACUGCUUUUGGGCAGUAUGAUCGUGACCGCCCCAAAUCCGAGGACGAGCUGGUGCAGCAGAUGUUGAAGGAGGUUGAGAUUCAUAUGUCAGCUUUGCAGCUGACUGGUGUGGAUGCCUCUUCCGGAGGGGGCACAGGAUUUAUGGGUCUUUAA